CAACUUUUCCUGGACUUCAGCAAUCAAUCUUGGUCUUUCCUUCCAGCAUCUGGAAAGAAUAAGACGAUAUGGUGUGCUUACAAUGCACAGCAACUGGAGAAAGAGUAUGCUUGGCGGCCGAAGGUUUUGGAAACAGACAUUGCUUCCUCGAAAAUAUCGCCGACAAGAACACGCCCCCGGAAAUGUCUUCCUGCGUUUUUGUCAUUGAGCAAGCUCUGUCUGUCAGAGCUUUACAAGAAAUGGUCACAGCCAUGUCUUCAGAAUCUGGCAAAAGUACAACAUCUGGUCACCGAACGCUAUUAUAUGGCCAUGCAGUAUUGCUACGGCAUCACAAUAGUAACAUG